CAUUCUGCAUAAAACAUGGGAAAACGAGUAAUGAUAAUGCCAACCCCUUUUAAAUUUCAGUUCACCCAGCCAACAAUCUGCCGAAAUCCUGUCUGUAGCAACCGUGCUCGUUUCAUGCUUGACACAAACAAGAGCCGUUUUGUUGACUUCCAGAAAGUUCGCAUCCAGGAAGUUCAAGCAGAACUGCCUAGAGGAUGCAUCCCACGCAGUGUCGAAAUAGUUGUUCGUGCUGAGGCUGUGGAGAGGGCACAGGCUGGUGACCGCUGUGACUUCACAGGAUCUUUGAUUGUAGUUCCUGAUGUUUCUUCAUUGAACCUUCCUGGGGCUCGAGCAGAAAGUUCUGCAAGGCAUAAAGGUGAAGAAAGUGAAGGAGUAACAGGCCUGAAAGCACUCGGUGUGCGUGAUCUUAACUACAGAAUGGCAUUUUUGGCUUGUUCCAUUACUCCAACCAACCCAAAGUUUGGUGGAAAGGAAAUUCGUGGAGAAGAGUUGACUGCUGAAGGAAUUAAGAGACAGAUGACUGAGCUUGAGUGGAACAAAGUGUAUGAAAUGUCCAGAGACAAGAACCUGUACCAGAAUCUUAUAUCAUCCCUCUUCCCUACUAUUCAUGGGAAUGAUGAAGUCAAGAGGGGAAUCUUGCUGAUGAUGUUCGGAGGAGUUCCCAAGGUAACAAUGGAAGGUACGACACUUCGAGGUGAUAUUAAUGUGUGUGUUGUUGGUGAUCCAUCCACAGCUAAAUCUCAAUUUCUUAAGCAGGUGGCCGACUUCAGUCCCCGAGCUGUUUACACCUCUGGUAAAGCAUCUUCAGCUGCUGGCUUAACUGCAGCUGUGGUAAAAGAUGAAGAAUCUCACGAGUUUGUUAUAGAAGCUGGCGCCCUUAUGUUGGCUGAUAAUGGUGUGUGUUGUAUUGACGAGUUUGACAAAAUGGAUGUAAGAGAUCAAGUUGCUAUUCACGAGGCUAUGGAACAACAGACAAUCUCAAUUACUAAGGCAGGUGUAAAGGCUACACUGAAUGCUCGUACUUCAAUAUUGGCUGCUGCUAAUCCAAUCGGUGGCCGCUAUGACCGAACAAAGUCUCUUCGCCAGAAUAUUGCACUGUCAGCCCCUAUCAUGUCACGUUUUGAUCUUUUCUUCAUUCUUGUGGACGAGUGUAAUGAGGUAACAGAUUAUGCCAUUGCACGGCGAAUUGUUGAUUUACAUUGUCACAACGAAGAGAGCAUUGACAGAACCUAUGCUUUAGAAGAAAUUCAGCGCUAUAUUAUGUUUGCUAGACAGUUCAAACCAAAACUUAAUAAGGAAGCUAGUGAGUAUUUAGUGGAACAGUAUCGCAACCUUCGCCAGCGUGACUGUUCUGGGGCUGCAAAGUCUUCGUGGCGCAUUACUGUUCGUCAGCUUGAGUCUAUGAUUCGAUUGUCUGAGGCUAUGGCCAGAAUGCAUUGUUCAGAUGAGGUAAAACCAAAACAUGUUAAAGAAGCCUACCGGUUGCUUAACAAGUCAAUCAUUCGUGUUGAACAACCAGAUGUUCACCUGGAAGAUGUUGAAGAGGAGCAAGAAGUGGAAGAACCCAUGGAGACAGAUGAGAACAGGGAUCCCAAUGGUCAAAUUAAUGGUGUACAUAAUCCUGAUGAUGAUGGAGCAACAUCUGAUGCCAUGAAGAAGAAGAAAUUGAAGUUGUCAUAUGAAGCGUACCGCAGCAUGUCUAAUCUUCUGAUUGUGCACAUGCGGAAGGAGGAGCAGCGCAUGGAGGAAGAUGAAACGGAGACUUCAGGGUUAAGGAGAUCAACUGUCAUAAACUGGUACUUAAAUGAAAUAGGUGGUGAUAUAGAAUCCGAGGCUGAACUAAUAGAAAAGAAGAUGAUUGUUGAGAAGGUUCUGGACAGACUGACAUACCAUGACCAAGUAAUCAUCCCCUUGACUCGUAGUGGCCUGAAGGACUCCUCAUUGGGUACUGAUGAAGACGAAGACCCAGUGCUCGUUGUACAUCCUAAUUAUAUUCUGGAAUAAUGAAUUAUGGGACACAUGCAAUUUACAUAAAAAAGUAUUGAUUAUAUAUAAUUAGAAUGAUUUUGUGUUGAUUUUUCUUUAAUCAGGGUGAAGGACUAAACCCUUAAGGGUCAUAUAGAGAUGGAAGGCAUUCAGGUUUGAUCCUAGGAAAUGGAGGACACAUUGUUACUUGGAUUUAGGACCCAUCAUGCCUCAAGGCACCUCCCAUGAAGGGUUUAAAAUGUGAUUUAACUGAAAAUUGCUAGAAGUGAUAAAAAUAAGAGACUUAAAAACAGAAAUGUUAUUAGAGGUAAAUAGCAUUUCAUUCACAUAUAGUGAACUUUCUCAAGUGACCAGGAAAUCAAAGACGUGUUCAGUUUAGCUGGUAGGAGAGUAGUGCAUCAGGUGCAGAAACCUUUGUACCUCUAAUAAUAAGGGUUCUUUUUGUUUGUUUUCAUAAGUACUUUUCAAUUGCCACAGUUUCAUAUGCAUGAAGAAUAUUGUAUUUAACUUGACAAAUUGUAGUCUUGAUAAAUUAUUGAAUUUGGAAACAGCACAGCUCACAGAUGUACAAAAGUUGCGAGGGAGUAUACUUUUUUCUUUCGGAAUUACUUUUAAAAAACUUAUUGUAUAUUACUUUUUAUUUUUGUUUGUAGAUGAAAUAAAUUUAAAAAUUAUUUUAUAUUUAAUAAAGAAAAUAAAUAUA